CACAUCCAGUGAGCCAAACCAUGUUCCCGCGCGACCUCCCGCGACCUCCCGAUCUGCGGCAUGGGCCUGGCGUCCAGCUGCGAAUGCGAGUCCUGCGCUGCGCCGGUCGCGGGCUCCGAGAUCUUGGGCAAGGCGCUGAGCGCCUUUGCCGACGAGGAUCUGUCGAGUGAUUCCUCCCACGGCGCCUCGCCGGAUGCUUCGGAUGUGGCCAUGGCGACUUGGCCGCUGCCAACAGUCGCGCAGCUGCGGCGAGGUGGCGGUCCGGGCGGAGAUUGUCUGUCGGUGGACACAGAGGUCUUACGAACCGUCUCAUUGCGCUCUUCCCUUCGCCAAGCGGGGUGGCUUUGGCGGCUGCAGCCGCGCAAUUUAACGCACCGACAAUUGGAAGCGUUGUGGCCAAUGGCUAAGCCAGGAACUGGCUACGACAUGUUUCUAUCCCACACCUGGCACACACCGGGAGAGCGGAAGUUUUGGUCCCUGCUACUGGCCUUCAAUUGGCACCUUGGACUGCUGGGAUGCUUCGUUGGCGUCUCCGUGGCUUUGCUGCUCUACGCCAUGGAUGCGGUUCCCAUGCCGCUGAUCUACGUGGCGCAGUUCCAGGGAUUCGGGGAGGUGUGUCCUCUUGGCCCGUGGGCGCUGCUGCUGACGCCGCUUUGCGGAGCCUCGGCGCUGCUGCUGUCGCCGUAUUUGCCAAGACGGGGAUCUGACAACGUCUUUUUCGACCUGGCUUGCAUUAACCAGACGAACACCGAACUGAAGGAGAAAGGGAUCUAUGGCAUCGCCGGCUGGCUCUCAGUGACCGACGAGCUGCGAAUCCUUUGGAGUCCGCCCUACCUGUCAAGACUCUGGUGCGUGUUUGAACUCGCUGCUUACCGGAUGGCGAACCCGUCCGGCAGAAUCACAUUUCAGCCAAUCUUUGUGGAGACCCUGGUGCUGUCGUCUUUCUUUGGCAUUGCGGCUAUCCAAGGGACAUAUCUCGCAACUUUGCAGUUUCCAUCUGUGCAGGGGUUGGCCGGCGUUCAAGCUGUUGUAUGUUUCGGCAUCAUUCUUCCCUUAGUCCACAUUGUUCGUUCGUACAUGCGAGAGAAGCAUGCCGCCGUUUGGCAAUUGGAGAACUUUGAUCUGACGAUGGUGGACUGUGACGUCGACUUCGACCGGCGAUUUGUGUACGGCGCAAUUCGCAAGUGGUAUGGCAGCGAGGAGAACUUCGUAGGAUUCGUGCGGGGAACCCUCGCGCAGGAAUUGGAGAAGCGAAUCUAUGUGAUUCAGGUGCCCUGGGUCUAUCACUUGUUGACGGUAUGUCCCUACUUGGGAGGAUGGGUGGAUCUGGCAUGUGCCCUAUGGAAGGGCGGUGCUCCUUCUUCUUGCGUGCUAUCCUUUGGCAUUGGCAUGUGCUUAACAUGUGCUGUCUGGGCAACUGUGAGUGUAGAACUGGUGUACAUCCUCUCAGACUUCUUUGCUGCAAGAAAGAAGUCCCGCCUGGCAGACUUCAUGGUGGAUCUGGGCAUUCUUGUGGUUGUGGCCCUGGUGGUGCUGAUGCAAACCACCGCCAGCCGAGUGGCCUAUGGUGCCGCGCCCUUCUCAACACCACAAGCUGAUGAAUCCGCUUCUCAGGAUGCCUUUCUUUGUGUGAAUAGCAUCUGGGCUUCCACUACCUUGUUGGCGCUGGUGCUAGCGAUUGCAGUGCUGCUGUUCAGGCCAAGCCUGAGACAAAGGCUCUGCCGUCGGGCCAAACAUGCCUCGGGCCCCCGCCCCUGGGAGUAGACAAGGGA